AUGGAUUGUGUUGUCAUGUCCUGGAUCCUCGGGACCCUCAUCGACGACCUCGCCGAGAUCAUCUCCUCCCAAGGCGCCUCUGCCAAGGACGCUUGGCUUGCCGUCGAGUCCCUCUUCCUCGGCAACCGGGAGGCAUGCUCCAUCCAGCUGGAGACGAAGUUCCGCAACUUUGUCCAAGGUGACCUCUCCGUCACCGACUACUGUCGCCGCAUGAAGAAAAUGACCGACGACCUCGGCGCCCUCAGUGAGAUCGUCACCGAUCGGACACUCGUCCUCAACAUCAUCCGAGGCCUCAACGAGCGCUUCACCCACGUUGGGACGCUUCUCCGACAUGCCCAUCCCUUCCCCAGCUUCCUGGAGGCCCGUGAUGACCUCGACCUUGAGGAAAUCACUCUGGAGAAUCGGCAGACCCCUGCCGCCGCCUUCACCGCCUCCACCAAGCCUGCGGCCUCUGCCCCUCAGCAGCAGCAGGCUGCUUCUGACUUGGGGGGGGGGGGGGACCAUCCAGAUGUGGCCUGGUCCCCGCCCCCUCUGGCGCGCAUACCACAACCUCCACAGCAGGAGGCCCUCUUCGCCCAGCAGCAGCUGCUGUACGUCGUCCCGCAGUAG